CGGUGAGGCCGGAUCCCUGCAGCGCGGGCAGGCGGCGUCGCCGAGCCCAGCCAGCCGGACGCGCCAGGACUCCAGACUCCAGAAGGUGCUCUUGACUUUACAGCAUCUGAUUUGGCUUGUGCAACCAGAGGAUCACACUCAUCUCUUCUUCGAGCCGCUAAAUGCCUGUGCGCACUCCGUACUCCAGUAAGGGAAGAAGGGAGAAGCUUCUUGGAUGACAAUGAACGUUCCACUGUACAGGAUGAGGGCAGAGUGUGCGACAUCACCACCAAGAGGCUCUAAGUGACCACCAAUGCAUUUCCUGUAUAUUAUAUGUGCUUAUUUGUUGGGAUAUUUCAUAUAUGAUGAUGAAAUGUAGUAUGACAUUUCUAUGGACAAUGGACUAUAUACAUGGCAGUAUGUUAAAAUGUCCUGGCGGAUUUACAUGUAUAAACCAGCUUUGCAUUCUUGAGGUGCAAUGUGAUCUUGGGCAUCUCCCUUCCCGGCCAGCACUCUGCCUUCUCUGUCCAUCAUGGUGUUUGGUGAGUUUUUCCAUCGCCCUGGACAAGAUGAGGAACUUGUCAACUUGAACGUGGGGGGCUUUAAGCAGUCUGUGGACCAGAGCACACUCCUACGCUUCCCUCACACAAGACUGGGGAAGCUGCUGACCUGCCACUCUGAAGAAGCCAUCCUGGAGCUGUGUGAUGACUACAGCGUGGCAGAUAAAGAGUACUAUUUCGAUCGGAACCCCUCCCUGUUCAGAUACGUCUUGAACUUUUACUACACGGGGAAGCUGCACGUCAUGGAGGAACUGUGCGUGUUCUCCUUCUGCCAGGAGAUCGAGUACUGGGGUAUCAACGAGCUCUUCAUCGACUCCUGCUGCAGCAGCCGAUACCAGGAGCGCAAGGAGGAGAGCCACGAGAAGGACUGGGACCAGAAAAGCAAUGAUGUGAGCACGGACUCCUCCUUCGAAGAAUCCUCCCUGUUUGAGAAAGAGCUGGAGAAGUUUGACGAGCUGAGGUUUGGUCAGCUCCGGAAGAAAAUCUGGAUUCGGAUGGAAAACCCAGCUUAUUGCCUGUCGGCCAAGCUCAUCGCUAUCUCCUCCUUGAGCGUGGUGCUGGCCUCCAUCGUGGCCAUGUGUGUGCACAGCAUGUCAGAAUUCCAGAAUGAGGAUGGAGAAGUGGAUGACCCUGUGCUGGAAGGCGUGGAGAUCGCAUGCAUCGCGUGGUUCACUGGCGAGCUGGCCAUCCGGCUGGUUGCUGCCCCUUCUCAAAAGAAGUUCUGGAAAAACCCUCUGAACAUCAUCGACUUUGUCUCCAUCAUUCCCUUCUAUGCCACUUUGGCUGUGGACACCAAGGAAGAGGAGAGUGAGGACAUUGAGAAUAUGGGCAAGGUGGUCCAGAUCCUUCGGCUCAUGAGGAUUUUCCGAAUUCUGAAGCUAGCCCGGCACUCUGUAGGGCUUCGGUCUCUGGGGGCCACACUGAGGCACAGUUACCAUGAAGUGGGGUUACUGCUUCUCUUCCUCUCGGUGGGCAUUUCCAUCUUCUCCGUGCUUAUCUACUCUGUGGAGAAAGAUGAACUUGCAUCCAGUCUCACCAGUAUCCCUAUCUGCUGGUGGUGGGCCACUAUCAGCAUGACCACUGUGGGCUAUGGAGACACCCAUCCAGUCACCUUAGCCGGGAAGAUCAUUGCAAGCACAUGUAUUAUCUGCGGCAUCUUGGUGGUGGCCCUUCCAAUCACCAUCAUCUUCAACAAGUUUUCCAAGUACUACCAGAAGCAGAAGGACAUGGAUGUGGACCAGGGCAGUGAGGACCCACCGGAGAAGUGCCAUGAGCUACCUUACUUUAACAUUAGGGAUGUUUAUGCACAGCAAGUACAUGCCUUCAUUACCAGUCUGUCUUCCAUUGGCAUCGUGGUCAGCGAGCCUGACUCCACGGAUGCUUCUAGCAUUGAAGACAAUGAGGAUGUUUACAAUACCGCAUCCCUGGAGAACUCGACCACAAAAUGAGCAGGAGCAUUGGCACCGAUAUCUCGUGUCCCUUCCUGACAUUAGGUUAACAUAGCUUUAUAAACCUUAAUGGGUUUGUUCAAAUAAAUCAUUUAAUUCUCAGGGUGUACCUUUUAGCCAUAGUUGGACAUUCAUUGCUGAAUUCUGAAAUGAUAGAAUUACCUUUAUUUUUCUCAGUGAGGUCAAUUAAAUGCCUUGUUCUGAACUUUAUUUUUUACAAGAGAGAGUUGUAAUAUGGUGUUUUGGGGAAAAGUAAAUGAUACUGGGAAGGAUUUAUUGCUACGGCUUACGCAUCAUCCUGUAUUUGUCAUUCACUCACAUUGAGCUAACUAUACAUUACUGAUGAUAGAGCAGAGGCCCAGCUGACUGAAGACGACAUGCAUGUGAGAUCUACAACAUGAGACAAUGCAUGUAAGUCCAUGUUCAUGUUUCAGACAUGGGAAUUAGGAGCCCAAUAAACUUCUAAUUCAGUAUGGA